GGGACAUCUUUAACUAGGCUAUCUGGUUUCAGAUAGGUGACUGUUUGAGGGGGUCCGGAUCUCUUCUCCUUCAAGCUUGUUUGCUAAACCUGUCGAGGGGCGAAGGAAGAGGAGGGAAUGGGUCAAUGAUAGGACUGGACUGGGUUGGCCUCCUUCAUAGUGAUCACCUGAUCAGUUUUGCAUGAGCAGAUCCUGGUUCACCUUCAACACUAUUAAGAGAAAAGCUUGCUGAUGACAGUGGGAUUGGACUCAGCCCUCCCUCCCCUGCCACUGCAGCGGUCUCCUCUGUUCACACCAGGACCUAACUAACCUGCCUAACCUGCCUGCCCUCUUUUUUCAUUACAUGGUGUGAAUGUAUCCACUUUUUAUUUGCAAGUAAUUAAUAGAUAAUUGGUUUUGUCGUCUUUUUAGAGACUGUUGGUUUGAAUACAGGGACUGGGGUAGAACCAGUACAUCCCUAACCCAAGAUGAGUGCGACAAAGGAAGAUGUUGAGAAGUUCCUGGAUGGAAACCCAGCUUUCGCCCAGGGCUACUUCAACAAGAAGCUCACACCAGGGGCCCUCUCUGUGAUGGCGGGGAUCCCGGAGUCCAAGGUAGAUUUUGGGAUGUUACAGGAGCUGAGCCAGAUAGAGGAAGGCCAGAUCCUGUUCGACCUGAUUAAAGAAAUGCAGGAGAAUGUGAACAUGGAGAAAGUGGUGUUCAAGAUCCUGAAGAGGAUCGUGGCCCUGAUCCAAGCCGACCGCUGCAGCCUGUUCAUGUACCGGGAGAGGAACGGCAUCGCAGAGCUAGCCACGCGUCUUUUCAACAUCACCACCGAGUCUGAGCUGGACGACUGUGUGGUUCACCCUGACCACGAGAUAGUCUUCCCCCUGGACCUUGGGGUGGUGGGAAAUGUGGCCCAGACCAAGAAACACAUAAAUUUGAAAGAUGCCAAUGAGAGCAGUCACUUCAGCUCGUUCGUUGAUGACCUGACAGAGUACAAAACCAGGAACAUAUUAGCCUCGCCCAUCAUGAAUGGAGAGGAUGUGGUGGCUGUGAUCAUGGCCCUGAACAAGACCACUGGACCCCACUUCACCACUGAGGAUGAGGAUCUCUUUCUGAAGUAUCUCAGAAUAGCCACUUUGAACCUGAAAAUUUACCAGUUGAACUACCUGUACAACUGUGAGACUCGAAAAGGACAGGUCCUGUUGUGGUCCGCCAACAAGGUGUUUGAGGAGCUAACAGACAUUGAGAGACAGUUCCACAAAGCCCUGUAUACAGUGCGGGCGUACCUGAACUGUGACAGGUACUCUGUGGGCCUACUGGACAUGACAAAGGAGAAGGAGUUCUUUGACAUCUGGCCAGUGUUGAUGGGAGAUCAGCCCCCCUACGCUGGACCUGUUACUCCUGACGGCAGAGAAGUAAUAUUCUACAAAGUAAUUGAUUAUAUUUUGCAUGGAAAAGAGGAUAUCAAAGUUAUCGCGACUCCCACUCCAGAACACUGGGUGUUGUGUACUGGAUUGCCCACAUAUGUGGCCGAAACUGGUCUUAUAUGUAACAUCAUGAAUCCCACAACAGAGGAGAUGUUCAAGUUUCAGUCAGAGCCCUUGGAUGACAGUGGUUGGACCAUAAAGAAUGUGCUGUCCAUGCCAAUUGUCAACAUGAUGGAAGAGAUUGUGGGCGUGGCUACAUUCUACAACAGGAAAGAUGGGAAGCCAUUCGAUCAGCAGGAUGAGGAGCUAAUGGAGGCUAUGACUAACUUCCUGGGCUGGUCCCACCUCAACACAGACACCAAUGACAGGAUGAAAAUGAUGGAGAACCGGAAAGACAUAGCCCAGGACAUGGUUCUCUACCACGUCAAGUGCCGUGAUGACGAAAUACAGAAAAUCCUGAAAACCAGGCAGUAUUUCAACAGAGAGCCCUGUGACUGUGAAGAGGAUGAGUUCCUGCAGAUUCUGAAAAAAGAACUACCCGGCCCCAAGAAGUUUGAGAUCUACGAGUUCGGGUUCUCGGACUUUGACCUCACAGAGCUGGAGCUGGUGAUGUGUGGGAUCCAAAUGUACUAUGAGGUCGGAGUGGUCAAGAAGUUCCAGGUUCCACAGGAGGUUCUGGUGCGCUUCAUGUUCUCUAUCAGCAAAGGCUACAGGAAAAUCACCUAUCACAACUGGCGCCACGGUUUCAAUGUCGGACAGACUAUGUUCACACUGUUGACGACAGGGAACCUGAAAAGGUACUACACAGAUCUGGAGGUGAUGGCCAUGCUCACAUCUGCUUUCCUCCAUGAUAUCGACCACAGGGGGACAAACAACCUCUACCAGGUGAAAUCUGGUAACCCGCUAGCCAAGCUUCACGGCUCGUCUGUCCUGGAGAGGCAUCAUCUAGAAUUUAGCAAGUUCCUUCUGGCAGACGAGGCCUUGAAUAUCUACCAGAACCUCAACAGAAGACAGAACGAGCAUGCCAUCCACCUCCUGGACAUUGCCAUCAUUUCAACAGACUUGCAACUCUAUUUCAAGAAGCGAACAAUGUUCCAGAAGAUUGUUGACCUAUCAAAGACCUACGAAGAUGAGAAGAAGUGGGUGGACUGGAUGUCCCUGGAGACGACCAGGAAAGAGAUUGUCUUGGCCAUGAUGAUGACAGCAUGCGACUUGUCAGCCAUCACUAAACCAUGGGAGGUGCAAAGCAAGGUGGCGCUGUCUGAAGCAGCUGAGUUCUGGGAGCAGGGUGACUUGGAAAGGGAAGUUCUUGAAAAACAACCAAUUACCAUGAUGGACAGAAACUGCGCUGGCCAACUGCCCAAGCUGCAGUGUGGUUUCAUUGACUUUGUCUGCACAUUCGUCUACAAGGAAUUCUCCCGCUUCCAUCCGGCCAUCCAGCCAAUGUAUGAUGGCCUCCUGAACAACAGGAAGGAGUGGAAGGCCAAGCAGGAAGAGUACGAGGCCAAGCAGGCCAUCCUGGAAGCCCAGUCAGGGUCCAAGACGUGCUCAGUGUGCUAGAGCACAGGGCCCGUUUUGGAGGUAGAUCACUCCAGGAUACAUCACAGCCACACAGUCUUGCGCCGGCCGGGGCAGGACCAGCCUCACCUCAAAGCAGCUGUGGAAGGACAGCCUGCACUCACAGCACCAGAUCCUUGGAGAAGAGCCAGAGGGACUACUUAGCAGUCACGCAGCAAAGCCGUUGGACCUGCUGGUUACAGACCCAUGUUGGCACAUUAUGGCCACAACAGUCCAUUUUCUUCCUUCAGCUGAAGGGUAGUUAUCAUUAGUUGCAUUGGCAAAUCAACAUUUUAUAAAUUCAAAUUUUAGAAGUUCAAUAAGUUUCAAUACCUUCGGAGGAAUCCUGCAUGUUCUGAUGGCAAGUAGACGUGUGGAGUAAUUUUUUUUUUAACCACUUUGAACUUUUAAAACUUAUGUACAAUAGGUUCCUGAAGGUCUUUAUCGACCAAUUUAAGGAACAAGAAAUCAAUAACUUCUGAAAUAUCUGUUUCUACACGUAUGUGGAAUGUCAUAUGAAUAUAACAUUAUGCAUUGCUUCUCAUUUUAAACGGGUAACUGUUUCGUAACUACCUUUUUUAUACAUAAUACUGUUAAAUACUAAUUACAUUAUUAUUAUUUAACAGUAUUCUGUAUGAAAAUAAUAUUAAAUAAUAUUAUACAAAACCUUGGUGGAUUAAUCAAGAAUCCAAUGUUACUUCUAUGUAUGUUAUAACAACAGUGUAAUUACCAUGACUUACGUUGUUCUUCAUUUCCUUCCAGUCAGUCAUCAUUUACAUGAGAGAAUGUGUUUACCCUAAUGGUAAUCAAAAGUAGAUUAUGCAGUAGUAAGGUUAGCGUCCACAUACGCCAUAGCGGUAGGUAGUCUAGCGGUUAGAUCGUUGGGCCAGUAACCGAAAGGUCGCUAAUUCGAACUCCAGAGCUGACUAAGUGAAAAAUCGAUGUGCCCUUGAGCAAGGCACUUAACUCCAAUUGCUCUAGGGUCACCAUUGAUAAUGACUCCACUCUCUGAGGGGGUUGGGAUAUGCAAAAAAACACAUUUCCAAUUCACACAAGUAUCAAUACACACUUGUGUGUGUGUGAAAUAGGACAAAUAUAAGCACCCACGUUAUUAUAAGAAGUACAUUUUAUGUUUUACUCCAUUACAGGGUAAUGUGACACCUUGUUGUGGGUUGUUAUGUGAUAGUUUUGCAAUACAAUAAUUGUUACUCUAUUGUCCAGUGCUGUUUAUUGUUACUGUAUUGUCCACUGCUGUUUAUUGUUACUGUAUUGUCCAGUGCUGUUUAAGUACAGCAAGGUAAAUGUUAUAGACCGACUGAAGUCAGACAGUCGAGAUUCUCUGUGUGUGUACAUUUACAAUGUAUUUUACUGAGAUAGGAGAGAAAGGAGUUUACAUUUUCAGGAAUGUCUGUUCCUGUCCCUGGCUAUCAACACUGAACUAGAAAUGCUUCACUGUUUAUUUUAGAAUAUUUGAAUGAGACAUACUUUUAAGGUAAAAACAAGAUACAAUAUGUCUCAAAAUAUGUGUGUAUGAUUAAUAUAACAAUAUGGAUGGAUUUCCAUAUGGUCCACUGAGGAUAAUGGUCAAAGUUAUUUAAGCCAGUGGCCUUGAUUCUGAUACUCUUGAGCCGACUCACUGGAUCCAUAGAAUCUCCUAGUUCUCAUUAUGAACAAAGAAUCAUGUUCUUAUAGCAGCCCCACUGUCAACGGGGCAUCUAUGCUUUUAUAGAUGUAAUCAUUUGUAAAUAGUCUCCUGCUGUAAAUAUAUAGUAUAAAUAGUAUAUUUUUUCAGAUGAUUAAUAGGUAAUACAUGGAUUUCCUUUCCUCUAUGAACGUCAGUGCAACAUUACUGUUAUGCUCUGUGCCGACAUUAAGAAAUAUGAAGUACCCAUUUACUAGAAGCAGCAAUUAUUUUUGCUUCAUCUUUCCAAUAUCAUACCAUUAAACAUUGCAACUAACAUUUUAUUCCACAAUUUGCUGUUACAAAUAUUUGAACGUAGAUAUGACCAGAAUUCUGAAGCUCUGUAUGUGCUAUCUACAAUGACCAAAAUAAAGGAAAUUAAUUUUUAAAAGGACACAUUUUGUCUAAUGAUAUCUUGUUAGUUUUAUAUAACAGGAAACCUAAUUUGUCAAAUAUCCUCCAUUGUAUCGUAUUGUGACUCCCGAGUGGCGCAGUGGUCUAAGCCACUGCAUCGC